UGACAGUUCCACAAUCAACGGUCCAAAAACAUUUUACUACCAUAUCUGAUCUUAACGUAUACUCUCUCUCUCUCCUCUCCGUCUGCUCUCUGGGAGAGGAAAGCUACACAGUACUUUCUCGAGAAAAUAGUUUUCGAGUAAAGAGUUGAUAGAAAGUAAAAUUUGAACUCCAAAGGCGUCUCUAAUCUCUCCGAUGCUCCUCCCAGUGGUCCUACUAACACCACUGUCGACUUGAAUCUGCACGAAUACAGUCAAGUUUCUUGGAUAUUGGACGGCGAAUUGUUGGAUGGUGAUACAGCACAAGUACAGUCUAGUUUCUUGGACAUUGGACAACAAGGGGUAGGGAGGUGUUUUGUGCCACUCACUACCUAGACAAGACAAGUCUUGGAUGGGAACUUGAAAAGCUCAUCACUUCCGUCUAUGAUUUCUCUCCGACCAAAUUUAUUGGUAGACUUAGAUGGAUGUUCCCUCCCCGGAACCACCAAGUGAAACUGAAGCUACUGAUAGAUUUCCAUUGCUAAUGGCUCAGAAGGAAAACCAUUGUGAUUGCGAGCAUGUUGUUGAUAUAUCAAGGAGAGAUGAUGCUUUGUCAAGCCUGUCUAAUGAGGAUCCUCCUCCUGGAGCAGAGCCACCACAGCACGAGGACAGAUCAUCAAGUAGCAUACAGGCUGUCACUUAUCAAUCUCCCGUGUUGUCUUCAAGUACUGUCAACUCUAGGAACUCUCCAUCUAUAAGGAGAAGUGAAGGCUAUGCUAGUCGCCGUAGAAGUCCACUGAAUUCAGGGCUAUGGAUUUCUAUUGAGCUAGGUGUCAAUGUGGGCCAAAUUAUAGCAUCUAUUGUUGUUUUGUCAUUGUCAAGACAUGAAAAUCCACAAGCCCCGUUAUUUGCCUGGGUUCUGGGUUAUGCAUCUGGAUGUGUUGCAAUGCUUCCUAUUAUUUAUUGGCGUUAUUGUAAUCGCAAUCAAGGAACUGCUCAAGAUACGACUCAUUUACAUCAGGGAUCAUCUCAAAACAAUUCUUCAUCUGAACCUGCUUCAUACACAGCUAUUUCCGUUGCUCAAUCUUCUGGAGAGGAAAACCAUCAAAUCGCAAAUGCAGCCGCUUCAAGCAGUCAGAUCACCCAAAGCUUGAGGGCACGCCUUAACAGCCUUGUGGACCACUUCAAGAUGGCCCUGGAUUGCUUUUUUGCAGUGUGGUUUGUCGUAGGUAAUGUGUGGAUUUUUGGAGGUCACUCUUCUCCUUCAGAUGCUCCUAAGUUGUAUAGGUUAUGUAUAGUAUUCCUAACCUUUAGUUGUAUUGGGUAUGCCAUGCCCUUUAUACUGUGUGCAACGAUCUGUUGCUGCUUGCCCUGUAUGAUUUCUAUCCUGGGUAUCCAAGAGGAUCUUUCUCAGACUAAGGGAGCCUCGAUGGAAUCCAUUAAUGCUCUCCCAACAUACAAGUUCAAGCUGAAGAAAAGAGGUGACAAUCAGGACAUCAACUCGGGAACUUGUGAAGGUGGAGUCUUGGCUGCAGGAACUGAAAAGGAGCGUACCAUAUCAGGAGAAGACGCUGUUUGUUGUAUUUGCUUGGCAAAAUACGUAGACAAUGAGGAAUUGAGAGAACUAUCCUGCUCUCAUUUUUUUCACAUCGAUUGCGUAGAUAAAUGGCUGAAGAUUAAUGCAUUGUGCCCUCUUUGUAAAUGUGAGAUCGGGGAAAAUGGUGGGGCUUCAUCAUCAACCACAAACUCCAGCCAACAUCAGAGCGAGCAGAGGGCGGGUAAUGUGUCAGCUGAAGGUGUGUAUGGGAUCAACGUGUUUUAGUUCCUGGUUACUCAGCCCCAACUCACGUAGAGCUGCUGUGGUGAGUGAAAGCUACCCUUAGGUGCCCUUCCAUUUGCAAAGUGAUGGUAUUUAAACACACAUGAGACCUCAGGCAAGUGAUUCAACUAUUGUAAACUGCGAUAUGUGGUUCCUAUAAUAUAAUGGAUAACACAGUACAUGAGUUGUAGGUAUGUGAAAACUAUAUGGACCUCAACAAUUUCACCCUUUGGAAAUGAUUCCGCCACUAGAACCAGUGUGAUUAUCAUCUGUCCAUAAGUGUGUGUGUGUGUGUGUGUGUGUGCUCUUCUUGGUCAUGUGCCGCGACACUGGAAAGUUACUAUAUUGCCCUGAUUGCUUGUAUUAACUCAUC